AUGGAAGGAAAUGCUCGCCGAGACCCAGAGCGCCCACGGGACUCCGGGGAGCAGUCCAACCGGGCCAUCCUGCCCCUCUUGCAGCCACCUGGCAACCAACAGUCUCACAGGAUCACUAACUUUUACAUCGACAACAUUUUGAGGCCGGACUUCGGCCUGAAGAGGAAGGAUGGGGCUCCGGAUCGGCAGGGAGACGCUCUUGGAGUGCUCAUACAAAGAGAGGAGCUGACAGGGAGAAAGCCUCCCAAAAGUGCUAACCCUCGGCAGGGUGGAGCAGGAGGCAAAGAAGAGGAGAACCCAGGAGAGCAUGAAGACCAGCAUCCGGACAUUGACGCCAGGAGGCCCGGCGAUGUGGCGGCUAAUGACCGCUGCCGCAGCCCUCAGGCCAGCACUGCCACAGCGGCCAAAUCGAUGCUGUGGCCAGCUUGGGUGUAUUGUACUCGCUACUCGGACCGUCCGUCAUCAGGGCCCAGAUCUCGCAAACCAAAGAAAGCGCCGACCCCGAGUAAAGAGGACAAACGGCCCCGGACGGCCUUCACCGCGGAGCAGCUCCAGCGGUUAAAAACAGAGUUCCAGAACAACCGCUACCUGACCGAACAACGGAGGCAGAGCCUGGCCCGGGACCUCGGUCUCAACGAGUCUCAGAUCAAAAUCUGGUUCCAGAACAAGCGUGCCAAAAUCAAGAAGGCAUCCGGGAAUAAAAACUCUCUGGCGCUGCAUCUCAUGGCGCAGGGACUGUACAACCACUCGACAUCCAAGGACGCCAAGUCGGACAGCGACUAGAGGAUGACAGUUGACUCUGAACAUGCAAUAAAAUCACCAGCAUUCAUAUUUCAAUU